GGGGAUAAAACAGGAAGACAGCCUAGGUACCCGACCCCGUAAAGAGCACGAGAGAACCGCGGCUCCACAAGGCGUGGAUGCUUCUGUGGAUGCCAUCAACGAAACAAAGCCCGUCUUCCAAACACUUGCGAAGGAGCGAGGUGGUGGACCUGCUGCAUUCCAGUCCCAUUUCAGCGCUUCUGGCAAUCGCGAUGGCCUGUGAUCGUACGCUAGCCCACUGGAAACCUUCAAUCCUACAUACCCCGCCUGCCCGCCAAUACGAGGAAAAAAAGAGGAUUCCCAAGCCUCCAACCGAAAACUCCAACACGGCAGAGCGCAGAAUCGCAAAGUCGCAAUUGACACAACCUGACAAAAGGUUCACGGGUCUAUAUGACCACUUAUUAUACCUUUCAGGCUCUCACCUACGUCAACGUCAUUUCCCUUCCAGUUUUCCACCUUCUGUUACAAGUUUUUUUUCAGGUUGCCUAGAAAUCCCAGCAUCGAUCGCAAUUCCCCCAUUCUCACGGUUUGACGGCUUUCUUUUCCUGGUUCCUACGUACUUGUAGUUUCCGCUCUUGAACCUUCUCCUUUCCGCACCUUUCCUUCCACUUCACUUCACUUUUACCCCGUAGUCCUUAAAUCCUUCACAAUAAGUCUUAGUUAGCGUUAUAAGGCAUAACAAUUAGUUACCAACGGCGACCCCCGAAGUCGAACAACGCCAACGCCAAAACUUUUCUAGAUCGUCCGCUUUUGUCCGCCUGACCAGGAAAAACAUUGGCAUGUAGGGCGACGAGGGGGAAAAAGGGAAAUUAGACAUCUCCAUCGAUCCCAAAACCGGGGUUGUGGUGUUCGCGUUUUUCCCUAUUCAAUUUUAAUUCCAAGCCGCCAGCCUCACAAAUAGUGCAGGAUUCCCCGGUCUUGGCAGAGUCCCGAGCCAGCGGAUGGCCGGAAACUGGUUUUUCGCUGUCGUGGAUUUGGCGGGCCGGUGACAGCUGCGAAUUCGACCUUGGUUGGAGAUAGCUUCAAACCACUGCAUGC